AACCGUACCAUUUAGUUCAUUCUAUAAGGGCAUUUAUUAUGAAGCUAGCUGUAACUAACGCUAACUUAGUUUUGUUAUGCUACCGGGGAUUCAGCUAACUAUAUUAGCAUCAUGCUAAGUCAGUGGGACGUCACUUUUAGCAACCAUAUAGACUUUGACGUGAAGUUGAAAGAAAUGUUAAAUGUAUAUUGUCAGUUGACAUUUCCUACAAGCAUUAGACUGAUUGGAACAAAAUAUAAAGGGAAUAUAGGAUAGAUAAUAGUCCCCUGUUGUCAUUCAUUUUAAGUUUUCCCUAGUGACUUCUAGUAACACAUGUUCUUGUGGUUCCGCUGCUCUUGAUUUAUUAGACAUAACGUUAUUCAAUUUGUCAACACAGAUGGCUACCGCGGAGAUGAACACCGAUGGAGAUCAGACGUUGUCCCCCUCAGAAGAGGACUCUCCUCCAGUUUUAGACGACACCUCAGUCCCCCUGAACUUCUCCGAGCUCACACCUAGUCAGUUUGGCAUCUCUGUGCAGAGUUUUACUCCAGCGUCAUUAUCAAAUAGCAAAGAUAAAUCUCGUCUAGCACAAUUAAAGGUGAGGCGGAGGUCCAGCGUUGGUGUCCGCGGCUCCCCAGAGACAAACUCCCUCAUCCGCUUCAUGGCACAACAGAGGAUGAAGACUCCACCAACCUUCCAAACCCCAGAGCUUGUCAGAAGUAGCCCCUUCCUUCCCCGGGUCGCCUCCACGCUGAGGCAGAAGAUGGCCUCCUUCCAGAGCCUGAUGGAUGUGGAAGAGAGUGAGGUCUGUGAUCCAAUGCCAAGGCAGGACAGCAACACUGGAGGAUGCAUCAAGACAAGAGAUUAUCUGUCUGAUAGGAACCGCCCUUAUGGAGGGAAGGAGAACCACCCACCAAUGAUGACGCCCAUACCCAGCAAGAGGAGGCGCAUGGGCCCCGUUGAAGGCAGUGAGGUGGAGAUUAAAGAGGCCAGCGCUCCUAUCCUCCACCUGAGCUUGAAGAAGCAGGAGGACGAUGUCUUUGAACUCCAAAGCCUCGGCCGACCACCGCCCGAUGAUUCUGCAGCGGCUUCACCGCCCCGCCCCGCCCCCCCCUUCCACAUCCCCUCUCUCCCCUCUCUGUUGGAGAUGAAGCCCACAGGGUUGACUGUCUUUGCUGGAGAGGACGACUCCACCGGGACCUCCACGGUGAAGAACAACAAGAAGAAAAAGAGGGUCUGCUUUGGAGGGCCGCUCUCUCCUGAGCUCUUUGAUAAGAACCUGCCUCCCAGCACACCGCUACAGAAGGGGGGUACGCCGGCCCGGGCGCCCACACCAGGUGGGAGCUUACAGCCGCGCUCGUUGCUGAAGACGCCGCAGAGAAGUGAAUCCCAAACUGCACCGGCACAGCCAGAUCUCAGCAGCCCCACUGUGUUUGGUGCCUCGCCGAUACUCGCAAUGCCUCGCAAUCGCAGAAUGCCUUCUGAGGGAGAGGAUGAAGAAGGAUCGAUUGUUUUCCCUUCAAUGGAGGAGAUUGACUCUCCGGGGACGAGGAAUACAGAAUGUCUGUGGGAAGCCCAGCCGUUGAAUUUAAACGCUGCUUUCUACGAGGAGUCCCUCUCUCAGAUUCUGACAGAGUCUGAGACCACUGCCCUGGAUGAGCCUACAGCCUCGCCAGAGAAGGAGAAGCAACAUGAUGUGGAAGCUCCAGCCCCAUGUAGAGACCGAAGGAAAAAGCAGCAGCCAGGUCCCGAGCAUGCACCGAGCAGCGAGGCUCCAGCUCGCUCCAGCAGUCGAAAGAGAAAGCAGCCGGAGGAGAGCCAACCUGUGAAGAGGUCGACGCGCUCCGCUGCCAAGACGGCCUCUGGGAAGAUGAAGAGGAGCUCGGCAGCGCGGCAAUGGAACCGGGGCGUGGACCGCUCCCUGUACGGCUGCCGGGCCUACGCCUCCAAGAACCCCGGCCUGAGUCCCAUCACGGAGAGGCUGGCCCCCAUCGGUCAGUCGGCAGCAAAGCAGACGUCCUGUACGAGCUGCACAGCCCCAAAUCACGAGACCCACUCGAACCCUGAGAUGGCUAACAACACUCAAGCAACAGGUGACCUCACUGUGACGAACGCUUUGGAAAAUCCCGUCACAUCUCCAAACUCCAGUAAAAGAAACAGCACAGCGAAGGGCAGGAGGCUGCCGGGGCCGAGAGGACUGAAGAAGAGGAGGAAGGUCAGUGCAGCUAAUGAUGCCCUGCUCAGUGAGGAGACUCCGGAUCAGGCUGGAGGAACGACCGAGGACCAAACCACUACAAACCUUGAGGCAUCAAGCGAAACCCCGCUGAACCGCACUGUACCUGAGCAGGGAGAAGUCGACACUGAACAUAAUGCCCAGAUUCCUGCAGAUACACUCUGCACAGACUCUGAUGGAAAAUUAGAAUGCCGUGGAAGUCCGGAGGCACCCACCUCAGAUUGCCCACCUACAGGUGGAGAAUCCAACAAGACUUUGAGUCGGUCAGCACAGAGAAAACGUGACAAUGUCUCAGUGCUGCAGCAGAACAAGGAAGAGGAGGAGAAGGAAGAGGGAGACCACGCAGCUAUUGAGCAGGAAAACAUCAGGUCAAGCUCCGAUAGCCAGGAAGAGGUGGAAGUAGCCGAUUUACACCUCGCCCCCUGGCAGGCUGACUUUAAUUUUGAAGACGUGUUCAAACCCGUUCCCGCUAGAAGGCAGCGCUCAGUACGCCGCAGCCUGAGGAACCAGAGCACUGCGGAGCACAGCAGCAACCGUGCCGGUCUCGCCUGGCUGGCUUGGACCUCCCCCGAGUCCAGUAAGGAGUCCCGCAGGAAGACCCGGGCCCGGCGGCUCAGUGCUGCUCCACCCGUCCAACCUUCGCCCCCCGAGGAGACACAAGACAACGCCUCGUGAGACUUUAAAUGGACUACAUGAACUAAGAUGAAUACAGUCAUCGUACAUUCCUAUCCUGUUUGUUUUAGAUUAGAUGGAAUGAGUUUCCAAAGAGCAGACUGGUUGUUUUAUAUUCGCUAAAAACGUUGAUGCCUUUGUUCUCUGUGAAUUAUUAGAGCUGACCAGUAAUUUGUAGCCGGUUUCCCCUCCGCUUACCAAGCCAGUCGAUACGCUGUGAGCCCAAUCAUCUCUGCUGACCACCUGCCAAUCGAUAGCCAAGCACUCAGCUGGUAAUCGCCGUGCAUGUUCAGACUCCCCAAAGUCAUUGGCUCGAGCAUCUCCAAGUCAAUAUGUGCUCUUCAUGGAUAGAUGAAGAUGGCUGUUCUGCAUUCACCAUCAGCCAUGCAUGGCUGGGCAGGAGGAAGGGAUGAUGAUAAUAAUAAUAACGGGAUAGUAAUGGCGGGGAACACACAGAAAUCUAAUGAAUAGGCUCAAACAAUUCUGUUUAUUUGUGUUUUCUCUUUUUUUAUAUAUAUAUUUCCCCCCCCAGUGAUCUGAACUGUUGACAUACAGGUAAAUGUCAGAAGAGGACCCUGUCCCAUUGCAUUAUCUGUUCUUUUAAUGGGCGCUUUUAAUAUGUGAAUACGUUUUUAAACUGGUUUAAACGUUGCAUCAAAUCAGAAAUAAGUUUGUGUUCUCAGUGACUUUCCUGGAAUGUACCUUGCUUUACUCUUAUGUUGAUUAAAUGCCUUGGU